AUCAACGUACCACCCCUCGAGUUGGUGAAAAAUACUACAUAGACGAAACGAAAAGUAUACCACCAUGUAAUACACAUUCAAAACUAUAAUCCGUUCACCCCAUCGUGCAUUUGCAAUCAUAUUUUUAAUUUAUUUAUUCGUGUACUGGUUUGUGUUGUGAAACCUGUGCAGUGAGCAACCUUAUUUGUUAUAAUUAUAAUGCUUUAUUAAUCAAUUUGAUUUUUACCCAAUUACCAUGGAGACCUCGUUAACGUUAGUGGAUAAAGUAUGGAAAGAUAACGUUGAAAGUCGCGGUUCAGCUCGAAUAGCUGAAGAAUGGUACGCCAAAAUAGUCGCUCAAUAUAACGGUCAAGCGAGAAAAUAUCAUAAUUUGCAUCAUUUGGAGACCAAGCUGCAGCAUUUUAUCGAAGUUCAAACUAAAAUAAAAGACAGAACUGCGUUCGUUCUGGCUUUAUAUUUUCAAUAUUUCGAAUACAAUCCUAAAGCAUCGACGUCUCACGAAAUUAAUAUCGAAGAAUUCAAAAAAUUUGCCUCAGAAAUGGGAUAUGAUCAAAAUUUGGAUUUAUGUGAAAACGUAGAACGUUUAUUAGAAGCUACUGGAACCAAUAUAACCGAAGAACACAUGGCAAAUAAUUUGUACGGUAACGAAGAUAAGCAUUAUUUUUUAGACAUCGAUAUGGCAGUAUUGGGAGCUCCUGCUGACGAAUACAAUCUAUAUACUAAACGUGUAAGAGAAGAAUACGCUUUUCUCUCCGACGAGUUUUACAAAAAUCUACGACUUAAGGUUUUACAAAGUUUCCUACUCAUACCAAAUAUAUACGCAACCAAAGAAUUCAGAGACAAGUACGAAGAUUUGGCUAGAGAAAAUAUUCAACGCGAAGUUGAUACACUUUUGGAAGUACAUUAAGUCGCACCAUAGAGUCGAACUACCUAUACCCAAUUUACCUAUUUCUUAUUUUAAACUAUUCAGCGAGAAUAAAGCGUCCGUCGUUCAUCGCAUAAACUUUUACCAAACAUACUUAUUAACACAUUCUUAUUUUUCUCAAAAUAAAUGAUAUCUUUAUAGUUUUAAAUGAGGCUCUCCUAAUCUGAAAUGCAUAUACCUACUCUUAAACAUUAUUCAUAAGUUUUUGCCAACGAAACACGAGUUUCGUGUAAGAGAAAUACGUCUGCGACUACGAUAGCAGUAUUAUAAUUUUAACAGCAGACCAAUGAUAAUUAUUUUGAUUUAAAUGAACCUAAUAUAAUAUUUAAUGUGGUAUACUUACAUACUUACCUUAGAAUCUUCAAUUAACCAUGGGCAAAUAUUACAGGACGUAAUUAAACAUAUAAGUAUGUACCUUGCUUAUUUUGAUUUUGCCAAUUUUUAUACUCGCUAUUUUUGUAAAUAAACUCUUUGCUGGGCGAUAUGCAAAUUAAUCUGA